ACUUCAGUGCCUGCGUAAAAUGAAUUAAAUCCCGGCGGUAUUAACGGACACCUCCUCCUUUACUCAGUGUUGAGCUAAAUAAGAGUAAAAAAAUGGCGGCCGCAGCGUCUAUGAUGCAGAUCUUCGGUCAUCAGAUUUCCUCGAAAAAUGACCUGGUUCCGGACUGGAGCAGGGAGGAAGUCAGCACAGGGACCACCAUCAUGGCGGUGGAGUACGAUGGAGGAGUGGUGAUUGGAGCCGACUCCCGGACCACCACAGGAGCUUACAUCGCCAACAGAGUGACAGACAAACUGACCCGAAUCCACGACAGGAUCUACUGCUGCAGGUCUGGAUCGGCUGCAGACACUCAGGCCAUCGCUGAGGUUGUUUCCUACCAGCUGGGCUUCCACAGUGUGGAGCUGGACGAACCCCCCCUGGUGGAGACGGCGGCCAACCUGUUCAGAGCCAGCUGCUACCGGUACCGAGAGGAGCUGAUGGCUGGGAUCCUGGUGGCCGGCUGGGACCGCAGGAAGGGAGGACAGGUGUACUGUGUUCCCAUUGGAGGAAUUAAAGAAUGA